AUGAAGCCCCACAUAGUUCGAAAAGAUGCUAGGGAUGACGAGGCAUCUCAACCCGUGUGCACAAAUUGUAGCACAAUGACAACGCCUCUAUGGCGUCGAGAUGAAGAAGGACAAACAUUAUGCAAUGCCUGUGGCUUGUACUUCAAAUUACAUCACGAGAAAAGACCGCUCUCCAUGAAAACGGAUGUAAUAAAGAAGCGGCAACGCUAUGAAAAUGGGCAAAACCCCAAUCGAAGAACAGCCAAGAAACACCGGGAUAGCAUACCGAAUCAGACGCAACAGGUGUCGCCGCCACAGUCAACAUCACCGACUGAAGCACAAACACAAACAAUCUACCCUUCAAUUGGGGUAACUGCUUCACCGAAUCCUCCUUCAGCACGGACACCUACGUCAUCAAUGAGCGUUUCCAGUAACGUAUCUCCGAUAAGUGCAACAAGCAUUUAA